AUGGCCCUGGCUUCCUCACCAUGCACGAACCUCAAUGGCGCCGCCGCCCUAAGGUUCGCCACCGGUCGCCUCAUCCUCCAGAUUUGGGCCGCAAGCACCAAGUACCCUUUGGAUACGCCAAGGUCGACUAUGCUUGAUGAGGCGACAAGUACCUCCACCGAUGACUCGAACGUCUACGAACCAUAUACGACUACCGUCGCCAAAGGCCGUCGAGUGAACAACCACCACCGCUGUGAGUUCGACAAGAAAACGUGUGUACCACUACCGUCGGCCUUCGAAGACUCCGUGGGCAUCAAGUUCUUCGCUGUGACCCCAAACAUUAACGAAAUGCGAAUGACUAUUUGCCACGAUGAUCCGUGA